GUUUGUAUAUAUCUCUGAGUAUCUCAGAUUGACGUGCCACCCCCGCCCAGUCCGAGCCUACAUUUACCACCGAAAUCCUCGCCGCUGCAAAUCCUCGCUGCUAUGCAAUCCCUCUCCGUCCCAGACUUAAUCAAGAUAGCAGGCUCUUUCCCCCUUGGUGGAGCUGGGGGUGCAGCAGUUGCGUCCGUUGCCUCCCUUUCUCUCGUCGUCGUCUUGCUCGUCAGCAACCGGUUGUACCGCCGAAAGGUAGCGGAGGCCACCAACAGUACCACCACGUCUGCGAUCAGUUCCCCUGCUAUCGACAUUGCGCGCUAUGGUGUUCUCCUCAGACAAUAUAACGAGCGUUGUGUGUAUAACAUACUCGUGUCCCUCGGUGUCAUCUACGCCGUUUGCUUCCAUAUCCAAGUCCAGACCGAUGUCCCCAGGCAUGGCAUCCUUGGGGCCCUCGCCAUUGUCAGCAUGACGAAUGCCAUGGCAGGGCUGUACCUCAGCGUGCUCUUCAGCGAUAUACUCAUGGACGUCGUGCGUUCUAAUACGAGCGUACUUGCUUUGGCUGGCGCUGCCGAAUCCCUCAACUUGGCGACCCUCCUUGCCACACCAUUUGGUUGGACGUGCAGCGCAACCCUGAGCUUUGUUCUGUACCGCGCCGCCGCGGCUACUGCUUGGAUCUUCGGCUCUCGCGAGCCAAACCCUAGUGACGAACGCUACAUUGCCACCACCAUCACGCUCUAUGUUUUGCUCGUCAUUGUCCACUCCACUGUCUCAGCGAGGGUCUUUGUUCGACUCAAGGACCACGAUGUGGCAAUUAAGGAGAAACCGGGCUCUUAGCACGGACGCGUUUUACAUCUUGGUAACAAUUCGACGGAUUUGCAUUCUCGGAACUCUCUCUUCGUCAUUUUUUUUGUCUGUGACCUUGAUAUGUAGUUAGUGUUCAACUUUUGGCACCCACUUCUCUAACAGUCCCCCAUAGGCGCAAUUUAUUAGAUGUCAGUAUUUGUGUGUACACUUCAACAGAUACUAGUAGUAUGAAGGACAUAUUCAUCGUGUGACUGGGUGUAUCUAUCAGCAGUCGUUUCAAAAACGCAGCAGUCGCACUCAUUUGCGCUAGAGCUUGCUGCCGACAGCCCCGCGAGCUGUCGCUGCCACUCCGAGUCAACUAACAAGCAAUAAACGUAUGUAUCGGCAAGCAAGCAGAAGCGCAAUAAGUCGUGUCUGUAUACUCCAAAGUCCGUUGGAACGGCCAUACCAACUGUCAGGCUCAGUAAGGCCGUUCCGGAGUAUACUAUCUAUCCGUUCGGAUAUCCACAAACAUAAUUAUGGAGCCUAUAUUGAGUCAUCCCAAUGUGAGACACAUCUUCGCUACUGAGCUGAUUUGAACGGCGGACAAAGCCAGAGCGCUGCCAACGAUUGCCAGCUCGUACGUGUUGUAUGGGACCGCUUCAGCACUAGUCGCCGUGAAAAGAGACCCGGAGAGUACAAUCAAGAAUAAGAGGACAGAGCUAGCGAUUAAUACUAUGGGAGGGAUGGCGGUGACAGCCCGCUUUGACCACUGGAGAUGGACGGCCUGGAGGAUGUGAGCGAGGCCCUAAAGGAAAGGCUGCGGGCACGAAUACCUGCGCAAACCGUUCGCUGCGUCCCCUGGUGUCCCGGUGCAAGAGCUUAAGGCGCAUGCGCAAGGCUAAGGAGGUCAGCAGGCCCACGACGUCAAUCAAGCACGCCAAGUGGCCAGUCGUUCGCAAGACAGGGGUGAAUGCAAUGCUUCUCAGCGCAGUGAUUGAGUAGAUUGGGCUGAGAAGCAGGCCAGUAACGAGAAUACUGGUGUCAAGUUGGUCGGAGAGCACGUCCGCUUGGUUACUAGACCAACGGAAGCUCUCGCCCGUGUCCUGAGGGGUAGUGCUUAUGGGCAGGGAGAAAUGGCCAGAAUUCUUGUCGCAGAAAUGGUUAACGCAUCGAUUUGCAGCGAAUUUAUGCGACAUGAGAGAGCAGUGAAGCUAGAU